AUCCACACAAGAACACAGAUCCUAUAAUUUCUUCGUCCUGGCACAUUGACUUAGUAAAUAGUUCGAAGGCGGUGGGGAGCCACUCAGGGAUGUCGAAAAUCUUGAGCGAAUAAAACACAUAGCUCCUUGCUUUCACCUCAAACAAAAUGAGUCGUGCGCCCGUCCGCCUACCAUCCAACCGCGAGCCUAUUGCUAACUAAAACCGCAGCAAAACGGACGCGGACAGAAUAAAAAAAAAUACGAACGUCAAAAAAGUUUUUAUUAAAAAGAAAAAUCAAAUAAAAAUUUAAAACAAAGUGUUAUUCGAAAAUCGAACGUUCAGUGAAAAAUGGAUUGAUUGUUUGAAUCUAGAAUUAAGUUUGAAAAAUAAUAUUUUUCUAAAUUCAUUUUGUUAGUUAUUAUUAAAAUUAAUAAAUUUUUAACAAAAAUGAAAAUGGCCGACCGUUGUGUUUUGUCUCUGUUGAUGUUAUGUUUGACUGUUAUUUGCCAUAAUGGAGAAGCUGCGGAAAAUGCGAAUGCAGCUAAAAUACCGGAAUACAUAGUACCAUGCAGUCAAACCGAUCCUGGACUGGACACCUGUAUAAAAAACUCGUUCAACCACCUUAGACCAUACCUGUCAAGGGGUAUACCUGAACUGGGAGUACCUCCUGUGGAACCACUCUUUAUUGAUCGCCUGGUGAUGGAGAACGAUGCUGGUCCUGUCCGAGUCACUGCUGCCUUCAGCAACAUCACAGUCGUAGGACCUAGUAAUUAUACCAUUACUAAAAUCAGGUCUGACUUGAAGAAGCUGCGUAUUGACAUGGGUCUGGUUCUACCCCGGAUUGAGAUCACUGGCAGAUACGAGGUCUCUGGACAGGUGCUGCUCUUCCCCGUCAGGUCACAAGGAGACUUCUGGGCUUCAUUCGGUGAUGUGGUAGCGAUCGCAAAGAUCUUCGGUAAGGAGACGACACGUGACAAUGUUAAAUACAUGUUGGCUGACAGACUGCUGGUAGAUUUCAAGUUGAGGACCUCGAGGUUCAAGGUGAAGGACACUGUUAACCACGGCAGCGUUAUUGGUGAAGCGAUGAAUCAGUUCUUGAACAACAACGCAGCUGAGAUCAUCGAAGAGAUGAGGCCAGCUGCCUCAGCGUCCAUAGCCAAACAUUUCCAAGCGUUUGUGAACGCUGCCUUCUCCAAGAUCCCCAUCGACGUGUGGCUCACGCCUUAGACCAGUCUCAAAGAAUUUCAAGUCAGUGUUUUAAGAUUUAGUUCCUGGAUUCUUAUCUUUCUAGUUUUCGAAUUCUUCAGUGGAAUUGGAAUUUUAGUUAUACAUUUUUAUCCUACCGAUGUUUCACAAACUGAGCAAUUUUCAUUAAAUUUUAAAGGAUAUGUCACCUUCGGAGAAUUAGAAGCCAUACCUUUAAUUACAUUGGUUUUUAGUUUUUCUUGUCCUUUUCAAAUUUUAACGUUCGAUAAUACGUUUUAUUUAAGAACAUUUUCGCUUUUUGUGUUCAAUAUCGUGUUAAGAUUCACAACCCUUAUUAUAUGUGUCUCUUUCUCAAACAUCUUCUUUAAAAUUGUCAGUACUAUCUUUAAAUUCCAUGUCCAGUUCAUUGAAGAAUUUAAAAACUAGCAAUGUUGGUUUCCCGGUAUGUUUAGUGUUGUGAUGUGUUCCAACAAAUUUUGUCACCGUUUCAUAGACUUUAUCUUGACUAAAUUCUAUCUUCAUCUGUAUAAGUGAAUAGUACAAAUCAUAUUGUUUGUUUGUUUCCUCAAUGUCUCUGGAAUGUUCUGGAAGACUGU